GAGUCUCAUCUUCCUCCAUGUUGUGGUCCUGAAAGAGAUGCCUGCUUCACUUCAAGCUCAGGGUGGACAUUUGGGACAUAGCUGGGGUGGGAAGAGCUGGCCACAAAGGCAGAGUGUCAAAGGUUAAGAGUCUGGACUCCUUAUUGACGUGUGAUAGCAACGUCUAACGUGCAAGCUAAACUACCUAGCUGCCCAGGCCUCUAUCCCAGGCUAGGUUGUAAGGCCCCAGGAAUUGCUGUGACAAUCCAAUUCUAAGGUAGGUCAUAAUCCCUCUCACUACCCACCACAGAGAUAAGCUGUGCCUCACUAACCACCCAGAGCAGUUCAAACGCCUUAGUGCUCCAAAGCUUCCUAGACCCAUGUCCUACUACCUUAGUCAAGGCUGUACUUAGCCACUGUCACAUGUACACACAUUUCAUACACUUCCAGGCCUUUGUCAAGUCUUCAACCCCUAAAUUUCUCCCACCAGUACAGGCUCAGUUCUCUCAAAAGUUACCUGGCAUCCCACUAAAACUGGUCAUUUUCUACUCUGGCUUCUAUCAAUAUAGGCUGAGCUUGGCUGCUAUCACCCUAGUCAGGCCUGGUUUCUUGCAUCCUGAACAGGUUCCAUAAAUACAAGUUUCAGAUUUGCCCCACACUCAUUAUGUAGAGGGGAAACCAAACCCAGGGAGCCUAAGUAGGUUUCGCCAGCUCACAACAGAACCAGUCUUGACCCCAUUCAGAGUGCCUGGCCUCUCUUAAGAGAUACUUUCUAAAGCUGACCUGCCCCCUUUCCCUUCAGGUUCUACUGGGGACCUAGUCCUCAGCCUCCUGCCUUCUCAUCCUGUGACAACUGAGGGUCCUAGCAGGCCAUGCAGCUGUGUCAAGGUGCCUCCAACAUGGCAGCAGCCGAAGUGCCUGGCUACCUUGUGUCUCCUCAGACGGAGAAGCAUCGGAGGGCCCGCAACUGGACAGAUGCAGAGAUGCGCGGCCUCAUGCUGGUCUGGGAGGAGUUCUUUGAUGAGCUCAAGCAGACCAAGCGCAAUGCCAAGGUGUACGAGAAGAUGGCCAGCAAGCUCUUUGAGAUGACUGGGGAGCGACGGCUAGGCGAGGAGAUCAAGAUCAAAAUCACCAACAUGACCUUCCAGUACAGGUCAGAGGAACGCCCCGUGAAGAAACGCAAGAUGCGGAGCUGUCACCUACAGAAAAAGAAGCUGCGACUGCUGGAGGCCAUGCUGGAGGAACAGCGCCGGCUGAGCCGUGCCAUGGAGGAGACAUGCCGAGAGGUGCGCCGUGUGCUGGACCAGCAGAACAUCCUGCAGGUCCAGAGCCUGCAGCUUCAGGAGCGAAUGAUGAGCCUACUGGAGAAGAUCAUUGCCAAGUCCAACGUCUAGUCCAUGGAGAGAAUGCCAGGUGCCACGCCGUCCUAUCCCGAGGCCCACCCAGGCUCAGAGUUCUGCUCACUCAGGCCGAGUUCCAGCCUGGCCUCUGUGCUUCUCUGAAGGGCUUUCUAGGACUCCAGUGGCAUUGGGAGACCUUGGGAUCCCCAUCUCCAGCAUUAAUCUAGGGACUCCAAGACGACAGGUAGUGAGAAGGUCCCAGAAGCCACUCUCCAGUAUAGUCUCUAUCUGAUACUUGAAACAGCUUUUGAUAUUAAACAUAACUUUCCAUUAUUGCCUGGAAGCCAGCUUUCCUCUCUCUGGUGUGAAGGGGAAGGGGAAUUGCUGGCUUGGAUGAUUCUCUUCAGUAGACAAAAGCAAAUGCUAUAGGUCAGAGGCAAGUUGUGUGUGUAUGUGUGUGCAGGGGGAUGUCUUUCCUCCACAGGAUCUGUAGCAGCUUCCUGAACUACCCAGUUAUCAUAGUGCUAACUCUACCCAGUCACCCCUCAGUAAGUUUGGAGCGUCACAUUAGCACAGGAUCCAGCCGACUCAUGGCUGCUUGUUCUCUGCUGGCCUGCUGAUAACAGUGGUGUGCUAAGUGAGGCAUAGGUCUUCCUGGCUUUAUGAAGCUUUAGUUCAGUCAUCAGAAAAAUGGUAGCCAGUGAGAGUAAGUGUUCAAGGGAAAGGCUGGGCCUGUGACAGAAGGAACCAGAUUGAGGUGGAGAUAGGAAGAGCAGCAUCCCGUGUGGGAGCAGCCAUUGCGAACAAUAGCCAGAACACCUGAUGCCAGCAGCCAGAUCACCCAGAGCCAUGCACUUCUGGAAGGAGUUUGUGUUUUCUCUCAGCUUGUUGGGAAUAGGCAGAAGACUGAGCACACUGAUCCAGCCUGCCACUGCCAUUCUGCCAUAUGAAAGUCUCUCCCCAGAACCCCUCACUGAAUAUCCAUAGUUCAUUGGCUAGGCCUUGGCUCUUUGACUGAGGCCACAGAAGAGACGGGAACCAGGCCAGUGUUAGCCCCAGAAGACCAGAUUCAGUAGAGCUGGGUUAGAUGUUUACAUGUGGCCGUCUGCCCUGAGACUUAGAAUAGACUUCCAAGGUCAAGGGUGAUAGUGAACCUUUAUCAAGCAGCUGCCAACCAUCCUGAUGGGAGGGUGCCAACUCUGUUGACUCUCCAAUAACGGUCAGCCAGACAUAAGAGAAAGGCGAUGAGUCUGUGCCAUCCAGAUGGUGUGGAGCCCUGCCCCAGGCUGCCUAUAGGGAGGCCUGUAUGGUUUGUGCAGCUGAAACAGAGAAGCAGGCAUGGCCUUCCUUGCUCGGGUCCUCUGAGCUCUCGGGUCCUCUGCCCUCACAUAGGGCUCCUGAGUCCGGGUCCUGUGGACUCUGCAUUUUGCUGGCAACCCCAGGCAGUGGGAAACAUUCCUUUAGUGGUACCGAUGGAGUACCUGUCGAUAUCUGUGGUGUAUAUCAUGCAAAGUGCCAGCUGUCCAUGUGAUGUUCCUGUGUCCUUAACCUGGCAGAGAUCAAAUAGUUGGCUUUGGGACACCAGUACAAGUGACCACAGCCCUCUCUGAAAAAUGGUUGGAUGGCUCCAGGAGGAUGGGAAUCGGGCUGGUAGUACUUGAGAGCCAAGGCAAGGAGCCUGCCCUCCUGCUGCCUGCUGGAGUUCAUCUGCAGCCUUAGGUGCUUGGGGUCCCCACCAUGGACAGUGAUCUGCUGACACACACCUGCCUGUUCUCAUUUGCGGGCCACCAAGGCUGGGCUGCCAUGAGGUUCCUGAGCCUCAAGAGGGGAUUUCCAGCCUUCCAGAAGGAACAGUAGUGGUGUCUGAGAGGCCACCGAAGGUAAGCCCCGGCCACCUGUGUCUUGAAGCUCCACAGGAGGGGACAGAAUGAGGUUCAGGAUAGAGCCAAUGUCUUCUUGUUUAGACCCCUGUGUUCCAGAAUCAAGGCAGAGGCACACUGCAUUUUAGUCCUCAGGUGUCAGCAUCUUUGUGCUGUGUGUUUGGAAGCAGCCAAUGUCUGAGCGGUCUGGGCCUGCUCAUUUGCCCCCUCAGCGCUCCGUGGGACUCAGCUGUUAACCACCUGGUGUGUCCCUGAGGACUUCCUAGUUUCUUCUUUAGCUACUGGGUCAUUCGAGGAGUAAAAUAACUCUGUUAGUAAACACUGAAAUAUCUAACCAGGUUCAACCAAGCAUGAACACAGAAAACAAAACGCAUCAAGCUCUUUCAUCAUUCCUACCUGAUCCUCUGACAUCUAGAACCAGAUACCAGUCAGCAAACAAAGGAAGAUAGGAGACAGAAUGAAGACAUGACAGUUACCUUUAUUUUCAGACUGCACUUUUGAUGAGCCAGAAGACCAAACACACAAAACCUCAAGCGCUUCAACCUAAAAGUAUUAAAAUUGAGAAUGAGAAAUGAGUCUGUUCAACUGAGACCAGAGUAGUAGACUGCCCAGAGUGGAUUCACCCAGAAAGACAGGAGCCAUUGAGAAGAUAUGCAGUGUCAUUGAAAGAUGCAAGACAGUACGCAGGCGUGGGUUGCUGAGUGCACCAGAAAGCCUGCAGAGAAAGCCUGCUCAUUGUAUUCAUGUGAUCCCAGUAUGUUUCUGAAGGAACUGUAGAGUUUGUUGUGAAACGACAAAAAUUACAUUUAAAUUUAUAUGAAGCAAAGAAUGAGGCUGAAGGUGGGAAGACUUGCUCAGUUGUUUGCGGAGCUGGGACACACAGCAGGAGCCUGUGGUGGUGCUGAUGAGAAAUGUCACCCACAGUCUCACACAAUCGAAUGCUCAGUCUCCAGGUGGUGGUGCUGUUUUCAAGGCUUAGGGGUGUGAACUUGCUGGAGAAGGUCUGUCACUGAAGGCAGAUUUUGAGAAUAUAAGACUUGUGUGAUUCCUAGUGAGCUCUGUCUGCUUCCUGCUUGUGGUUUGAGAUGAGAGUUCCCAGGUGUCCCUGCCACCAUGCCUGCCUGCUGCCACACUUCUGUGCUGUGGUGGUGAUAGUCUUUUAUCCCUCUGGAGCCAUAAGCCAAAAUAAACCGUUCCUUCUAUAAGUUGGCUCGAUCAUGGAGACUUAUAAUGGCAACAGGGGAGUCCGAGGGACUCAGAAACUGGGAAGAGCCUCAGGACAAGAACUCACUCACUAGCUAAGGGACCGUAACAGCCUCAAGGCUCCAUCUGAGGAGAUGUUCCUUUCUAAGCAGGAGCUCCACAACUCACACAGCGCCACAGCGGAGCAGCUCAGCAUAUCACUGGAGCAUGGUAGAGUUUUGACCAUCAUCUCAGGGAUCCUGGUGACGCAGAAGAGUGAUCAAGGAUCCCAGAGAACUUUGAAGAGUUCCAGGCAGCAGCGCCAAUACCUAUAGAACACCUUACUAAAAAAUUAAAUUUUAGACAUAAAAAUGUUAUUUAUUUCAAAACAAUAAACCUAUUACAUGUUGCUAUCAA